CCGUAGCCGAAGUGAUCCCUACACUUUCUUCCAAACAGUUAUUGUUAAAUUAAUCUCUUUUACAUAGCAAACGCAUAUUUUUAAGCGAGUCAGAGAUAACUUCAUCCGGAAGACAGGAGGAAAGGACAACACUAAAACAUACCCAUCGAGCUUUUAUAAAAUUAGCUACGAGGGACAUUUUUAAUAUUUUCUGUCAUGGUUGAUAGUUAGCAAGUACGCUAUUAGCGCAUAGCUCUAUUGACGGACCGAUAUACUCAAUACUUUAAGUGUGUUGCAGGUAUUACAGCUGUAAAGAGAUUACCGCACUGUGCUCGACGGUCUCUGACAGAUCGGCGAGUUUUUUUGCAGUUCCGUAUAAGAUCACGACAGUUGUGUCGAAGUUGGAAAUACGGAAAUAACAGCCAUUUUUGGCCGACAUUAUAAACAAUUAACUGCGGGUGAAGUGUUGCCGAUAGCAUGCAAUGUGCUUUGGAAAUAUAGAAUAUGUUUAAAUGUAUUGUUGUUUCCAAAGGUAAGGUUAAUAUUUAGGUAGUUCAUGAGGAUUAGUGUCAACGACAUGAUGUCAAAGGGAUUUGUUAGCUGAGAUGCAUAACAAAAACAUGUCAUCCUUAUUGUCAUAACCCGUUUGUAAAGUUUUGCUUUACAAAUCCUUACCAUUUCCCGGGGAGUUUGUGGGACUCUUUGGAUUCCUGUAAAUGGUUGUUCGUUGAACGUGUAUUCUGUCAAACUCACUUUCCUGACCAAAUACCCAAUAAAUAGAUCGCAAUAUGUCAGGGGAUAGUAGUGAUAGCGGUGAAGACUCGGAUCGAGAAACCCACCGUAAAGUCUGCACCGUAAAGCACGAGAUCACUAAUGCUAAUCUUACAGGAUACACUGAGAAAGUUGGGAUGGAGAACUUUGAACUUCUCAAAGUGCUUGGCACUGGAGCUUAUGGAAAAGUAUUCCUGAUCAGAAAAAUAAGUGGUCAUGAUAAAGGCAAACUCUAUGCCAUGAAGGUUCUGAAGAAAGCAGCCAUUGUUCAGAAAGCAAAGACUGCUGAGCACACUCGGACAGAGCGGCAGGUUCUAGAACACAUUCGCCAGUCACCUUUUCUUGUCACCCUUCAUUACGCCUUUCAGACCCAAACCAAACUGCACCUUAUACUAGACUAUGUGAGUGGAGGGGAGAUGUUUACUCAUUUAUAUCAGAGAGAUCAUUUCUCAGAAGAUGAAGUGAGGAUCUAUGUCGGAGAAAUUAUCCUAGCCCUGGAGCACUUGCACAAGCUUGGGAUUGUGUAUCGGGACAUUAAGCUGGAGAACAUUUUAUUGGACAGUGAUGGUCAUGUGGUCCUGACAGACUUCGGGCUGAGUAAGGAGUUUCUGGAAGAGGAGAAAGGGAGAACAUACUCAUUCUGCGGCACUAUAGAGUACAUGGCGCCUGAGAUCAUCAGAGGUAAAGCUGGUCAUGGCAAGGUAGUGGAUUGGUGGAGUUUGGGAAUUCUGAUGUUUGAGCUGCUGACAGGAGCAUCUCCGUUCACUCUGGAGGGAGAGAGAAAUUCCCAGAGUGAAGUGUCCAAACGCAUCCUGCGCUGUGAACCUCCUUUCCCCUCUAUUAUCGGCCCUUUGGCUCAGGACCUUUUGCGGAAAUUAUUGGUUAAAGACCCUCAUAAGAGACUGGGCUCUGGGCCUCGAGGAGCAGAAGAGAUCAAGUCUCAUCCAUUCUUCAAGGGGUUAAACUGGUCUGACUUGGCAGAGAAAAAAGUUGCGAGUCCAUUUCGACCAGAACUGCGCAAUGAGUUGGAUGUGGGAAACUUUGCCGAAGAGUUUACAGGAAUGGAGCCAGUAUAUUCCCCCGCCAGCACACCACCUAGUACAGACAGGCUGUUUCAGGGAUAUUCUUUUGUUGCUCCUUCUAUCUUGUUUAAUAAAAAUGUUGUAAUGGGGGAUGUUCUAAAUGCUGAGGUGAACAUUGACAGGCCCGGUUCUGCUGCCGUCCAGCGCAGUGCUAUGCUGAAGGAGUCACAGUUUUUUCAGCUCUAUGAGCUGUGCCUGCAGGGUCCGCCACUGGGGGAGGGCAGUUUUUCUGUAUGCAGGAAGUGCAGACACAGGCAGAGUGGCCAAGAAUAUGCCGUGAAAAUUGUCAGCCGAAGGAUGGAGGCUAUGAGUCAGAGAGAGAUUGCAGCACUGAGACAGUGUGAAUCUCAUCCUAACAUUGUCACACUCCAUGAGGUCCAUACUGAUCAGUAUCAUACGUACCUGGUCAUGGAGCUGUUGCGAGGCGGAGAGCUGUUGGAGCGGAUAAGGAAAAAGAAGAUGUUUGCGGAAUGGGAGGCCAGCCAGCUAAUGAAGAGCUUGGUGUCCUCUGUCAGCUACAUGCAUGAGGCUGGAGUUGUACACAGAGACCUCAAACCAGAGAACGUGCUGUUUGCUGAUGAAUCGGAUGACUCCGUUUUGAAGGUUAUUGAUUUUGGCUUUGCACGGUUGUUUCCCGCGGGAAGUGGCAGUGCCCCCCUGCAGACCCCCUGCUUUACUUUGCAGUACGCCGCACCUGAGCUGUUCCACAGCUCCGGAUAUGACCAAGCGUGUGACCUCUGGAGCCUGGGGGUUAUCUUGUACACCAUGCUCUCCGGCCAAGUUCCAUUCCAGAGUGACCAAAAAGGAAUGACAUCAUCACACGCAGCUGACAUCAUGCACAAAAUUAAAGAGGGAGAUUUCUCUUUGGAUGGAGAAGCCUGGAGGGGUGUGUCAGAAGAGGCCAAAGAUCUAGUGAGAGGUUUGUUAACCGUUGACCCUGUGCGACGUCUGAAACUCUCUGCUCUGAAAGAAAAUGCAUGGCUUCAGGGAGGGGGCGUCAUGUCUUCUACCCCUCUCUGCACCCCAGAUGUUUUGGAGUCCUGUGGUCCAACUGUCCGGACCUACGUCAAUGCCACCUACAAGGCAUUCAACCGGGGGAAACGUGAAGGGUUUUUCCUUAAAAGUGUGGAUAAUGCUCCGUUAGCAAAACGUCGAAAGAUGAAAAUGACCAGCACUGGCGUGGAGACCAGACGAAGCUCGUCCUCGUCUUCAUCAUCUUCCUCUUCAUCGUCAGCUUCCCUUUCCAAGAAGCCAACCUGCCAGUCAUUGACUCCCCCAGAAGACUCCAAACUGUGAUGUUGCAUUACUGUGGUGAGAGAAUAUGUUGCGGAAGCCUUUCGCAGUUUUGCAGAAAAAAUACAGAAAGACUAAACAAAACAAUAUAUCCUCGCGAUGGAAGAGUAACGCAACAAAUUCAGCAUUAGCUGUAGAAGUCUUCUUUGAGAGAGAUUAACAAUGUCAAUGGAUGUGAAGAAAUUAUGACAUUAUGGUUUUUAAUCAUGAUGGCUCUGUGUCAACUCGAUGCCAAGGAAAUGAUCUCCAUAAUAAUAUACUUUAAUUGAAUGUAGGGUUAUAUGUGGUGGUAGAUUUAAAAAGAUGUUUAAAUACUGAAACUGAGAUCAGGAAACGGCAGAUUUUUUGGGUGGGGUGGACAAGGGGGCCACAAAAGAGCAAAGCCAUAUGUUAGCAGUAGAGAGGACUAUUUUAAUGGAUUUCAAUGUUUUAAUGAUGCUCUAAGAAAAGCUUUAUGUCUAUCAUGUACAGGCUCUUUACAUUUGUCUCACUGCUUCCAGAAUUUCCCCCACCAUAUGCAUGGUUAUAGUAUUUUUAACAUUUGCAUUUUCAAAAGCCAUCCAGAAGAGUGAUGAAACUCGAUCCUGUUCAAACACAAUCCUUAAUAGAUUCGUAUUGGGAGUCAAAUCUUGUGUAAAUAAUACCAAAAAAUCUUAAUUUUGCCCCUAAACAUAUAUUUUUUAUCUGGGUAAAAAUAUGCCAUUUUAUACGAUUCUCCCUGUCAUGACGCUGCCUUGUGUGUUUUCAUCGUUAGUUAUCAUGUGAUGUUUGUACAGAUUAAUUUAUAUGCUGUCAACAUUUUACUUGACUGAUUUAAUAGGUAUGGCUUACAUUAUUAAUUGGUGGCUUUCAUUAUCAGCAGCUUUUGCCACCUUUAUUAGACUAUUUUAGUGUAUUUGAAAUGUUGCGUUUUUUAAAAGCCAGCACACUCUUUAUUUCUUCUACUGACCUUAGGGAUCCAAGCAUUUACUGCCUGAUCAACUCUGCUACUGACUUUAAAGGGCUGAGGUUCACAAGACAGCAAUCAAUCCCUCAGAGUUUCAAGGGCUUUCACAAUCACACGCUUGUCACCCUGUCCGUGUUGUAAUUGAGCUACCCUCUUGCACUGUGACAAGAGCCAGAGUAAGGGAAAAAUACAGUUCUGUCAUUUCAUCACCCUUGUGUCGUUCCAAAAUGUGUAUGGUUUUCUUUAUUCCUUGGAGACUGUUAGGCAGAAUAUUAGUAUUCUCAUUUACAUGAUAAAAGCAAAUGGAUGUCAAGCUCCGAAAAAGACAACAAAAUGUACUGUAGUCUAUAUGACUUGUGGGCUAUUUUCCAACAGUAAUAGCUUUGUGUGUGGAAGAGAUCAAUUAAGAUCAAGUCUGUAAUUCUCUGCCUUUCCCCCCGUACAGUAACUCCUUAUAUGUUUUUCAUGGUGGAAAGUCAUGGAUUGAGAAUGAACUGCAACAGAGAAUUUUGUAAUAUGUGAACUAUCUUAGCCUCAAUAUAGUUUUUAGAGGUUUGUUUAUAUUUAGAAUAUUUUUGUCUUUCUGCUUUAUGAAACAACCAAGCAACACUUAAGAUUUAGACCUGAUGGUUUUAUUAAGAUGUGAGCAGAUGGAAAGUCACAGUAAAAUCCCUCCAUUUUUAAAUAAAUAGCACUUUUCUUCUAAAAGGUGUGAAUAUGGCAGGUGACAAAUUAAAUUAAAUGGAUUGAUUAUUGAAAUAAUAUAGCAUUCAUAAUUUUUCUGUGCCAAAAUAAUCUAUAAUAUAGUAUAAUAUUGUGUUUUAAAAUGUUUUCAGCAUUACUUGCACAUUUUCUUUAUGAUACAGACGCACUAUUCUUUAUCAUGUUAAUUUUUGUGCACAAGCAAUGCUUUUCAUUGCAACGAUUCGUGAUAAGAAUGGAACAAAUUAUGCACUCGAGAUACAUCUUAACUUUGCAUAAUGUACUCCAAGGGGCAAAAAGGUGUAAUUUUGCUUGCCGUCUGUGAUCAAAGUAUCUUUCAGAUGUGAUCAGCACUGUUAUUCCAGCCGUAUGAUGAAAAUUAUUUUGAGUUUAGGGAUUUUAAGGAACUUUUAAUAAGGAACACACAUAUUUUACACUAUCAUUUUAAGUUUCUGUAAAUUAGAAUUCUGUCAAUUCUGUCGCACAAGUUUUGUCAUGUUGGCGUAAUAUUGGCUUUAAAAAUAUUUUUAUUUAUUUGUAUUUGCGCUCUAUAUCUUAAAAAUAGUGAUUUCACAGUGUUAUGGCUUUCUGCUACAUUUAUUUAGUGUUUGACUGGUAUUCUUUUUUUUAUGUGGCAAAUGAAUUUGUAAGUUGUAAUAAGUUGUCUUGUGCACUGCAUCAUAUUUUUGUGGAAGUUAAAGAAAUAUACAUUUUUGAUUGAGAAAUGUUUUAUUAGAUUUUAUUUCUACAGUUUGAGGUUGAGUAAGCCUGUCUCUUUUCAUUACUUGGUCUUUCUGUGUACGUUAUGUUAAGGGUUCUGACUUGCAUGUUUUGAUAUUUUCUUUUCUAUUCUUUUUUUAAAUGUUUAAGUGUUAUGUCUCUGCGAAAAAAGUUUUCAAGAAAUUUUUUUGGGUCUGAUAUUAAAUGUAAGAAGACGUUUUGAUUAUUUUAAGAUGAUGUAAGGUAUGCCUUUUUUUGCAUUGAGAACAUUGUUGAAUCCAAAGCAAAAAAUACAACAUUGUACCACAA